GAUUCCACGAAUGGGUCAUUGAGGAAGAUCAACAUGGCGGCCGAAUGGUCGCGUAUUGUUGAAGUAAUUCUAUCAUUUUCGACGGAUUGUACCCGAGAAAGUUUGUCUGAAUUGUGCAAACAUUUGAAUAAACUGAGUUUAGAGAUUCUCGACGAUGAAACUAAUUGCCAGGAGUUUUUAUUUGCUUUGGUAACGUUAUCAGCUCACAUUCUUGGUCUCAAUGUCUUAUGCUGUUCGGAAUUCUUGCAUCAGACUAUAACUUCAUGUAAAACUCUACUAAAAUUUUGCUUGAAAACAAUUGGCAAAGAAAAAGAUGACUUUAUAACCAAGAAAUUGAUGGUGUCAGUUAUUGAGGGGUUAUGUAAGGGUCAUGGCUGUCUUGAGCAACCAGAGUUUGAAAAAUUACUUGAGACAAUGAAACAUGCAAAACAUCCUGCUUCUGAUGAAUCAUCGAAAAUAUUAAACCUUUCAGAAAAAUUUUAUGGCAGAUUUAGUCAGGAUAGUUUGGUAAACACAAGGCGAUCUAUCAUAAGGUCACCAUUUCAACUUGACAGUCCACAAGAAGACAGUGUUAUGGACGUGAAGAUGCAUUUAUCAAAUGCCAAUGUAUCUUUUAUAAGAGAAUUACAUGGAGGAGCAGUGUUACUUGAUCUUUGUUUUGCCCUUCCAACUUUGUCAGACUUUAGGUCUUUACGUGGUAUUUGUGAUGGCAAACCUUCAAUAACUAUGAUAGAUGGAAUCUCACUUGAAUCGAUGUUAAAAUUUCGAAUUAAAAGAGUUGAUGCUUUACUUGAUGAAAUGAAAAUUGUGCAAAGCGUCCUUUCUAUUCCUGUUCUGGAGCCUUUAAACAGUUCACGUUUAAAUAAAAUAGUCUUGUUGGUAUUAUCUUGUCUUGAUAUUGCAAUGUAUUCAUCAUCUGGUUAUCUUGCAUCUUCAUGUGUGGAUGAUAUUGAUGAUAAUGCCAAGAACUUAGUUCAUACUGCACUGUGUAUUUUGGAUUCUGUGCUACAUACUUUAUCAAUAUCCCAUCGUGCUGGAGGAAACCUUGCACAAAAUUUCAAUCUUCUAGUGUGCCAUUGCAUAAUAAAGUCUUUAGAAUUGUCACACUUGAAAGAUAGGGAAAAUGAUCAAAGAUCAAGUGAAACAAGAUGGGAAGGAUUGAAUAUAUUGCGUGUUCAAGUAUGUACUAGGCUAGUUGCAGUUGUCACAUCACUUUUGGAGGAUCUGAAAUUGGAGGAAAUUGAUGAUGAUGUUGAAUUAACAAAAGAAGAAAUGAAUAUUGAAGCUCACGUAUCAUCGUGGUUUAGAAUAAAACUUUUGUUUAAUCAUGUUGAAAUUUUACCAUGGUUAACAAAACUUUUUAUUUGUUCUUAUAAAAAGGCCAAUUUCCUUAGUGAAACUGCUCAAACUUCUGUAAGAAAUGAUCAAACAAAAACUGGACACGUUGAAUCUGAAAGUGAAGAUCCAAAUGAAAUGGAGACAUUGUUUGGUGGUUUAUUUGAAGCUCAGGUUGCAGAUUUGGAUGGAAAUGUUGAAAAGAAUGAACGUAAAUCGUCAAGAAAUGAAGAAAAGUUGGCUGUUGCUGAAUCAUAUUUAGAUCUAUCAAAGUCUAUACUUGCCUUGAUAACGGAACAUAUGUUAACAAACGCCAGUCAAAGAUUAAUCACCAAUGUUCAGCAAACCUUGCCUGAAAAUCAUCUUACUGAUCUUGCUUUUCUUGUUUUGGAACUGGAUGGAGUUAAAAGUGACGUCAAUUGUCUCUCUUCAUAUAAUAUGUUCAAUCAAUAUCUUGACCGAUAUCUUCAUAGUUUAUUGUCUUUGAAAGUUCUCACAGAUAAACAGCAGGAGAUAGUUUUGGAGAAAUUAUGUGUAUCACCAUACGCGUUAGAAACAUGGCCACUCUUUAUAGCUCCUCGUACUCUCUGUGUUGGCGCUAAUCUUGUUGGGUAGACAGGAAAGUUGUCGUGGUUCUGGGGACGAGUGUGAUGAUACAAGUUGUGUUAUAAUCUGGCAGAAAUUAUUGCGAGCGUUACGAGAGAUGUCUUUAACGGAGAAGUGUCUUCCAGAUUUAAACAUCGAACAUAUACAGUUACUCUUAAUGGUUUGGCAUAACUUUACUGAAAAA